CGAGCCGAGAGGCGCGCGGGGCUGUGCGGCGCCGCCUCUCCUCGGUGCCGGGGGAGGGACGGAGGGGCCGGGCGGGAGAGAGAGACAGCCCGACCGGCCGACCGGCUGGCCCAGCGCCGCAUGCAACCGGUGGGAGGCCGGGCCGGCUGGGGCUGCGGCUCGGACCGUUUCUCGGCGGGUCCCUGGCGGCGAGCGCGGACGGCCCGGAGGCAGCGGCGCUGAGCUGGCAGGCGGAGGGUUGUCUCCCGCGCCCGCCUGCCCGGCGCGGUCCGAGGAUGCGGGGGGGCGAUGCCCGGGGCCAGGGACGCGCUCUGUCACCAGGCGCUGCAGCUGCUGGCCGAGCUCUGUGCCCGCGGGGCCCUGGAGCACGACAGCUGCCAGGAUUUCAUCUACCACCUGCGGGACCGCGCCAGACCCAGGCUCCGCGACCCAGAUAUCUCGGUGAGCCUGCUGACGCUUGUGGUCACUGCCUGUGGCCUCGCCCUCUUCGGCGUGUCUCUCUUCGUGUCUUGGAAGCUCUGCUGGGUUCCGUGGCGAGAACGCGGCCUGUUCUCGGGUAGCAAAGACAACAACCAGGAGCCUCUUAACGACACAGACACGGAGACCAAUGAGCAGGAGAACAGCGAGGGCCUCCCAGACCCUCCCACCCCCUGUCCAGACUCCUCCAUGAAGAUCAGCCACACGUCCCCCGACAUCCCCCUCUCGACCCAGCCGGGGGACCAGGAGAACUGUGCCCAUGGUGUCCGAGUCCAGCGCCAAGUCACAGAGCCCACCUCCUCAGCUCGGCAUAAUUCAAUCCGAAGACAGCUCAACCUGUCACACCCAGAGUUCAACAUCCAGCAGCUUCAGAAACAGGAGCAGUUGACUGGAAUUGGCCGGAUUAAGCCGGAGCUGUAUAAGCAGAGGUCCCUGGAUAACGACGAUGGGAGAAGGAGUCACAGCAAGGCCUGUGGGAGGCUGAACUUCAUGCUGAAAUACGACUGCGACUUGGAGCAGCUCAUAGUGAAGAUUCACAAAGCCGUCAACCUGCCUGCCAAGGACUUUUCCGGGACUUCAGAUCCUUACGUCAAGAUCUAUUUGCUUCCUGAUCGGAAAACCAAGCACCAGACUAAAGUUCACAGGAAGACCCUGAACCCCGUGUUUGACGAGGUGUUUUUGUUCCCGCUGCCUUACAACGACCUGGCCGCCCGGAAGCUCCACUUCUCCGUCUAUGACUUCGACCGGUUCUCGCGCCACGACCUAAUCGGCCAGGUGGUGGUGGAGCACUUCCUGGACCUGGCCGACUUCCCCAGGGAGUGCGUCCUUUGGAAGGACAUCGAAUACGUCACCAACGACAACGUGGAUCUCGGAGAGCUGAUGUUCUCCCUCUGCUACCUUCCAACGGCGGGCAGGCUGACCAUCACCGUCAUAAAAGCAAGGAACCUGAAGGCGAUGGACAUCACGGGAGCGUCAGGUGGGGCUGUGUCCACGGCGGCUCUCCUCCCACGGUUCUCGCGCGUACCUUACCCCUACGUGAAGGUCUCGCUGAUGUGUGAGGGCAGACGACUGAAGAAGAGGAAGACGUCCACCAAGAGAAACACCCUGAACCCCGUUUACAACGAAGCCAUAGUCUUCGACGUCCCUCCCGAGAACAUCGACCAGAUCCACCUGUCCAUCGCGGUCAUGGACUACGACCGUGUAGGUCACAAUGAGAUCAUCGGCGUAUGUCAAGUAGGCAACGACGCCGAGAGGCUGGGCAGAGACCACUGGAGUGAGAUGCUGUCGUACCCACGCAAGCCCAUCGCACACUGGCACGCCCUGGUGGAGAAGCGAUGACUGUGGGCGAGAGGACCGCCAUGCCAAGGACGCAGGAGGACAACCAUCUUACCAAGCUCUCCAGUAACCUUUCCCACCCACCGACAUCCCGACGACGCCAGGGCCCGAAUGCUUAGCCGGAACGCGGCAAUAACUGGCCCUCUUUCCAGACUGGGUCUGCCGGACGUGCGCGGCCCGGCUGCCCCUGGGAGGCCUGAGGUGGUAUGCUGCAGGGGUGCAUGUCUCUUCUGGCCGAGAAUCGAGACUGGACCAGGGGAGAAACCAUCUAACCCAGUGAGAGUCCUCGGAGUGCCCAGAGUGACUAAAUCAGGCCCUGGGUGAUGGGGUCACAGCUGCCCUGGCAGUGUCACUCUGGCGUGGCAUUGUUGGCUUGAAGGCCCUGGAAGGACAGAAUAUUCCAAAAUCUCUCCAGGUGCUAAAUGGGCAGCAGAUCUGGGCUUCCACUAAACUGAUAACUGUCUCCAGAAAACACUUCACCUGAGCAGUGCUCAGCUUGUAAGGACCAGCCCCGGGGGAGUGGUGGGGAAAGAAGGCACUCACCCUGGGGAAAAUCCAGUGCAAAGAGGUCUCGUUCACAGCAGACUCGCUGCCCACUCCCCUGGACGUGGCAGUGAGUACCAGCUGAUCCCGGCCCCCAGCUCCGCUGAACCCAGAAAUGAGGGCUCAGAAUCCCCAGCACUCUUUCGAGGUAGCCAGCAGCCACUUCCUGUCAACUGGUGUUGGCGUUUGAACGCGAGGUCCGUCAUCCCUGAUGGAGAGGGUGCACCUGGGUGGCGGGAGCGAUCUGGAGCCCCUUCUCCCAGGGGCACCUGUCCACGAGGGAACAGCCUCGGAAACAGAUGAGUUCCUGCAGAGAUGCCACACGUGGCCCCUGACUGAAGGCACGUCUCGGGGCCUUCCGGGCCUGAGUGCCUUGUGGGGUGCUUCCAUGUGCAGCAGCCCAGAGGCAGUGCCUCGGGCAGCCCCAGACAGGUUUCCUUUCACUUCCAGACACACACACGUCCCUUUCACAGCACUCGGGGGAUGGACGUACCUACACGAGCAAAGGUCAGGGGCUCCCCUGGGCAUCCCACUCAUUACUCAGCUUCCUUCGUGACCACAUCAGCCAGCCCACUGCCAGUGGUGUUCUCAUCCCCGCUGCUUCUGCCUCCAGACAAGUGGAGCCAGAGGCCUCAGUGCGCCUGGGGCGGGGGGUUACCCCGUGGUCCUCUGUCUCCCGUGACGGGUGAGGUUCCCCAGCCGUGUUUGCUCCGUCUCCGCUCAUGCCGUCCCUCUGCAGUUGGACUGUGGCUCUUCCUGCCCGGGAGGCUCAUCACCUUCAUUUGAAUUAAGGUCUCCAGGGCCGCUGCAGGGCUUCAGAAGGUCCCUGUUGCCACAGCUGCAGGUAGCUUCGGGUGCAAGAACCCACCCUGAUGUCAGAUCUGAAAAGGAUGGAGGCCUUUGGUUGUGCGAGGCUGUGUUACUGCAUCCAGCUUCACGUGGUCCCCAGCCUGCCUCAUCUCUCUCCAUCUCUGGUUGGCUUUCAACCUCCAGCAUCCACAGGGAGCCCAAGUUCUGCCUGCGUCCGUGGACGUGAGGGGAAUGCGGCUUUCUUUGCCCGACGUUCCCCUCUGCCAGCUCCUCCCUAGUCAGACACCUUCCACCACAUACCAGUGUUUAGAACCAAAGCAUGACGGACCAGUGCCAGCAGCAUGGUCAGCAGAAAUGUUAUCUCUAGAUCCAAGAGCCCAAAAGGAUGGUCCCAGAGACACCAGACUGGCCCCCGCAGACACAGGCAGCCGCCCCAGGAGACCCUGAGUUGUCCUUGGCACGGGAGCCAGGGAAGGACAGCUGUGCCUGUUGAUUCCACCCUCAAGAUCUUCCUGCCCAGAGAACUGGCAGCCCUGGGGUACGAAGGAGCGUGCUACUGGCUUGUCGGGAAGAAGCGGAAGGUGGCUUGUAGGGGACAGCAGGCAAAGAGGCAGGCAGGUGGCUUGUGUCUGGAAAGCUUUGCCUGGCAGUCCAGCUGGGGUCAGAAGCUGGUUAUAGGUCUGAACCCCCUGAGCCCAUCUGCAACUCUGCCUCUGUUCUCUUGCAUUCUGUUUGGUUUCCCUUUAGUUUCCUAGUAAAUGUUCCUUUUGAAAAA